UAGGUUAACUACACGACGUUAAAAAAGAUAAAAAAUUGCUGUUACUGUCUUUUGCAUACUGUUGAUUGGUUGUGUGAUAUAUAAUUGUAUACACAUAUAAUUACAAUUAUAAUAAAACAAAGUUGAUAAAUAAUAAUAAUAAUAAUAAUAAUAAUAAUAAUGUCAACGGAUUUUUAUAUAAGAUAUUACGUUGGUCACAAAGGUAAAUUUGGUCACGAAUUUUUGGAAUUUGAAUUUCGUCCUGACGGUAAAUUGCGCUAUGCAAACAACUCAAAUUACAAAAAUGACACAAUGAUCCGUAAAGAAGCUUAUGUACAUCAAUGUGUUAUGGAGGAAUUAAAAAGAAUAAUUCAAGAUUCGGAAAUAAUGCAAGAAGAUGAUUCCUUGUGGCCACAACCAGACCGAGUUGGUAGACAAGAGUUGGAAAUAGUAAUUGGAGAUGAGCAUAUAUCAUUUACAACUUCGAAAACUGGUUCCCUCCUUGAUGUUAAUCAAUCUCGUGAUCCAGAAGGACUUCGUUGUUUCUACUAUUUGGUUCAAGAUCUAAAAUGUCUUGUUUUCUCCCUCAUUGGACUUCAUUUCAAAAUCAAGCCGAUAUAAAAAUUUAAUAAAUAUACUUUUCAUCAUACCAUCUUGGUUUUUUCUUAUCAUAAUCAUUAUUGUAAUUCCAUAAUCAACACAUUAUAUUUUAAUGUAUUACUUUCAAUAAAAUAUAAUUUCAAUAAUCUUUAUAA